AUGACAAUGGCGAACAAACUUGCUACUAGGCGGGAACUACUGGACCGGUGGAGAGGCAUCGAGAGGGUGAGGGUGAACAGCGAGAGGGUGAGGCGCACGGUGUCAAGAUGUCCAUCUGAUUUGAUUGCUCUCUCAUUUUUUCUUUGGUCAGCCCAACGGUGCCGCCACGACUCGCUGGACCUGGACUGCGUCGUGCCUGUACUCCGUCGCCUCACUGACCGCUACAACACCGUCCCAGCCAUGCUCUCUGAGCUGGAGAGCAUCGGCGGCUCUCUCACAAACCCCAAAUCUCAGUUGGUUUUGUUGAGGGUUUACCGGCGUGCGGGUAUGUACGACAUGGUUGCUGAGGCGUAUAAGCACAUGAAAGGUGCGUACGGUUUUGUCCCCGACACCUUCGCUCGUAAUUUGAUGAUGGAUGUUCUCUUUAGGACUGGGCACUCCCAUGUGGCCGUCACACUCUCGCUUUUCAACCACACUCAUCCCCCUAAUUUCUUCACCUUCAACAUUGCACUCCUUCAUCUUUCCAACUUGAACUUGAAGAGGGACGGGCACAGCCACAACCACAACACUCUCCCUUACGUCUCUCCUAUUCUCAGACUUAUGCUCAGGGCUGGCUAUUCUCCCUCCCCUCUGGCAUUUCGGACGCUUCUCAAUUCUUUCUGUAACAUUAAUGCACUACCGCAGGCUUAUCAGCUCCUCGCUCUCAUGACUGUUCUCGGCAUCAGUUUCUCUGUCAAUAUUUGGACCAUUCUCAUCCAUACCUACUGUAAAUUGGGUCUUCUUAAUCUUGCUACCAACCUCUUCAACAAUAUGCUUCAAACCGGUUGUUCUCCAAAUGUUGUAACAUAUACCAUCUUAUUUAAGGCUUUUAUGCAAUCCAACAUGCAACCCCGUGCUUUUGGUUUGUUUAAUGUCAUGUUAUCUGCAGGCCAAAUUCCGGACUUAAUUCUUUCUAAUGUAUUAAUUGAUUGCCUUUCAAAAGCCGGAAGGUGCCAUGCUGCACUCCGAGUUUUUCUCACCUUGUCCGAGCAAAACUUAAAACCUGAUUCUUAUACCUUUACUUCAUUGUUAUCCACAAUUUGUCGCUCCAGAAUGUUUUAUCUCUUACCCAAACUAGUUCUAGUCUCCAGACAUAUAGAUACGGAUUUAGUGUUCUGUAAUGCUCUUUUAAGCUCUCUUACUAAGGCCGAGCUUCCUUCUCUUGCCGUUGCAUUCUAUGACCGUAUGAUUGAUAAAGGUUUUGUGCCAGAUAGAUAUAGUUUUGCUGGAUUGCUAAGUGCACUCUGUGCUGCGGGAAGAGUUGAUGAAGCUGUUAAUGUGUACCUUGCUGUUGUUACGAGUUAUCGUGAUAAUGAUGCUCACUUACAUACUUUAAUAACAGGCGAGCUUAUAAGGGUCAGAAAGUAUCACAAGGCUGCCAGUGUUACCAGAUUAGCAGUAAUGAAUAGAUAUCCACUCGACAGUGUGGCAUACACAGUUGGCCUCUGUGCACUACUUAGAGAUGGGAGAAUUCAAGAGGCUUGCUCCUUGUAUGACCGUAUGAAGGAUAAUGGUCUGAAACCUAGUGUUCAUACCUAUAAUAUGAUGUUUUUCAUUUUUUGUAAAGAAAGAGAUUUCCAGGCGAUGAAACAGAUACUACAUGAGAUGAUUGAUUCAAGGGUACAGUUGAGUGACAGGAAUUUCUUCAACUUUUGUAAAUAUGCAUGUAGAUCGGAUAUAUGUCUUUCUGCUUUAAAGUUGUUGGCUGAGAUGAGAGAUUUGAGGUUGUUAUCUGCCAAGGCAUUGCAUGCAUUACACUUUGACAGGCACGAUGAAGGAAUACAAGAAAACAUAAACAUAAGGCAGAAGCCAAUACAGAAUGGAACCCAGUUCUCGAUUCAUCCACUAUGUCUUCUAUAUGAUUGUGUCGAGCUAGAGCUUCCCUUAGGCAUAGGGAUUUUUGUUGGCUUCUUGGGCGGGGAAAAUGGGUGGCUUCCAAGAAGUUUUGUUGAUAAUGGAAUUACCCUAAAAUGCUUGCUCAGCAGCAACAGCUCAGACAAUCUGCAAUGCAAGGACUGGGACAGGACACCAUUCCAUGGACAACAUCAGAUGCAAUUUUCUCAACCACUUGGGCAUCAGCCAUAUCAGGGUAGGCAGCUGUCUUCAGGACAUGUUCAGCAUGACAUUGGUCAAAGCCAACACAAUCAAGGAAAUCAAGUGACUCGAUUAAGCCGGUUCUCUGGUCCUGCUAACAGUGCGCUAUUCAUCGAGCUAGAGCUUCCCUUAGGCAUAGGGAUUUUUGUUGGCUUCUUGGGUGGGGAAAAUGGGUUGCUUCCAAGAAGUUUUGUUGAUAAUGAAAUUACCCUAAAUUCAAUGGUACAGAUUCUUUGGCCUGGCAAAGCCACUGAAAGUAGCACUUCUUCUAAGAUAGAACAUUUGCUUGAAAUUGUUGAUUCCAAACAGGGAUGCAGAAUUAAACAAGAAGAGGGUGAUUGGUGCAACUGUGAAGUUGUGCCUCGUUGUCAGGCUACUGGAAGGAAGAUAGUUUGCGCUAAAGAAAGACUACAGAAAAGUGUUGUAUUGUAUAUGGACUCAACAUCUUCCAUAUACUAUCUUGAAAUAAGCUGGAAUGAAAUAGUGAGAAAAGGCUAG